AAAACUUCAAUUUUCCCCAAAUUUCAAAACCCUGAUUUCCCCCUUUGCCAAAACCCUUCUCCGCCAUAUCUGCGUUGGUUUCACGUCCACCGCAAUGGCCGGCACAGGAUUCUCAUUCUCCUCCUCCUCCGCACCUGCCUUCGGAACCACAUCGCCUGCUUUUGGCGCCGCCUCCGGAGCCUCAUUUGGCUUUGGCACUGCAACGACCUCCUCCUCCACACCUUCUUUUGGCUUUGCCUCCAACCCUAGCUCCGCCUCCUCCGCACCUUCGUUUGGUUUUGGAUCGGGAGCUGCGUCGUCUGGCUCAUCUCUGUUCGGCGGUUCCUCGCUCUUCGGCUCAUCCUCUUCCUCCGUGGCCACUGGCUCCAACAUUUUUGGAUCAGCUCCGAGUUCUGGCGUUUUCGGAUUCUCGUCUGCAGGCACAGGCCAAACAGCUAAUGCAUUUGGUUCGUCGACUCCGACUUCGACUCCAACUCCCGCUCCAUCAACCCCCACGCCUUCCACAUCUCCGUUUGGAUCCCCUGCCCCCGGAUCCAACCUUUUCGGGUCGGGUGCUCCAACUCCCAGUCUAUUUGGUAAUACUUCUUCUUCCGCGGGCAAUACCGGCUCUCUUUUUGGGUCAGGGGCUAGUGCAACGCCUAAUCCUUUUGGAUCAACUACGGCCUCCAGUGCCCCGGCAUUUGGGUCGGGCCUGGCACUGAACUCAGGGCUAUUUGGCUCGUCGACAUCGGCUCCAUCCACUUCCACUGCCACUGCCACUGCCACUGCCGCCCCACAAUUUGGGGUAAGUUCUGCGCCUACAGGCUUAUUUGGAUCCUCAACUCCAGCUUCUACCGGUGGCAAUCCUCCGUCUUUGUUUGGGGCAAAUUCUGGAUCAACUUCAAGUCUUUUUGGUUCUUCCACCUCAUUUGGAUCAUCUUCGGCUUCGCCAUUGGGUGUGGCGCCGUCGACCACUUCUUCAAGUUCAGCUUCCCCUGUUUCUGGAUUUUCAUUCCUCAGUUCGGUUGCUUCGACUUCAGCAUUCUCCAUUUCAAGUUCAGCUGCGUCAGCACCCGGGUUCUCAUUCCCCAGUGCUUCGGCUUCAGUCUCUGCCGCGCCUGGACUUUCGAUUCCCUCAUCACCAGCCACGCCUGCUCCUGCAUUUUCAUUUAAUACGGCUUCUAGCACCACUUCCUCUGGCUUUUCGUUUUUGAAGAGUACCACUAGCACUGCCUCCUCAGCAUCGGCCACAACGUCUGUAUCUUCUUCACCUGGUUUUUCAUUUGCUUCUGCACCAUCUCUUUCGAGUUCUUCGGCCUUGACAUUUCUGAGUUCUUCGGCCUCGACAUCUCUCUUUUCAACUGUCACAACAACUACCGCAACCAGUUCAGCAGCUCCAAGUGUGUCUUCUGCCAGUUCUGGUUUGACGUUUCCAGCAUUGACGGUACCUGCAUUGGGGACCAGUGCAUCUGCUCCAACUUCAGGGUUUACAGGUUUCGGCACAACUAGUACGCCUGCAUCAGGGACCAGUGCAUCUGCUCCAACUUCAGGGUUUACAGGUUUCGGCACAACUAGUACGCCUGCAUCAUCCUCUGGAAGCGCAAGUUCUUUUUCACUAUCUUUGAAAACACCAGCAACUGCAGGCUCACUUGCAUCACAAGCACAAUCAAGCGUUGCACUGCCUUCUUUUGGUGUUACAGCUGCGAGCUCAACAACGGCAACAGGCUCAAGUACCAGUUAUGCUGCUCAAACAUCAUCUGUUCUAGUUGCAGCUUCCAGUAGCGGGGCUGCUCCAGCCACUAGUACAGCACCGGCAUCUACGCCAAAGUUACCAUCCGAAAUUACUGGGAAAACAGUCGAGGAGAUCAUUAAAGAGUGGAAUGGGGAACUGCAGGAGCGUACUGGGAAGUUUAGGAAACAAGCUAAUGCUAUAGCUGAGUGGGAUCGCAGGAUUCUACAGAAUCGUGACAUUCUUCUUGGCCUUGAGAGUGAAGUUGCGAAAGUAGUUGAAACACAAGGUAGCCUGGAGCGGCAGCUGGAACUAAUUGAAACUCACCAAGAUGAGGUUGACAAAGCCCUGCAAAGCAUGGAGGAGGAAGCUGAGCGACUGUAUAAAGAGGAACGUGGAAUGCUUCUUGAUGAUGAUGCUGCAUCUACACGAGAUGCAAUGUAUGAGCAGGCUGAACUCAUAGAGCGGGGAUUGGAGCAGAUGACAGAACAGAUCAAAACAGUUAUAAACAGUCUUAAUGCCAGUCAAGGUGGAGAGCUUGAGGCAUCAGACGGAAUGAAUCCCCUAGAUGUUGUUGUCCGCAUAUUAAACAAUCAACUGAGUUCAUUGAUGUGGAUUGAUGAGAAGGCCGAGGAGUUCUCUUCACGUAUUCAGAAGCUUGCUAGCCAUGGCUCUACUGCUGAUCGUGAACUGACUGGCCCUAAGCUGUGGUUGAACUGAGUCGCUGAACGGGUGUUCGAAUUUACAUGUGGAGAUUCCUAUAAUCUUUUCUUGUAACACAUGGUUUCAGUUUUACCUGUGUAUAUUGCUAUUUUUUUUGAAUUUCGUGUUUGUUACAUUACAUUGAAGAUCAGUGGAGUUUAUAACAAAUAUUUCGUCA